CCUUCAGCGCAUCGGUAUUGCCAAAAUCGCAGCGGAGGGUCUUUAUAACACAGGAUAUAUUGUUGAGCGCCGUCAUCAUAUGUGGGGGGAGGAGUUGUUGACGUGAAUAAAGAAAAUGGCACUUUUGGGAGGCCGGUUGGUCCGACAGAUUACUGUCCUGCAGAGAGUAUUGCCUUCGGUGGUUAGGUCGUGCUCUACUGCAUCCACAUCGGACAGAGUGACCCAUACUGGUCAGGCAUUUGAGGAGGAUGACUACCGACUGGUGCGGUUCACUGAGCGCUCCAAGCAGGUGAACCCACACCCAGCUAUUGAUCUGAUCGCUCAGGCGCCGCCCAAGGUGUGCACCCAGUCGGUGGUGUCGUGUGAUGGCGGCGGCGGCGCACUCGGCCAUCCCAAGGUCUACAUCAACCUGGACCAGCCUGGCAACCACUCGUGCGGCUACUGCGGCCUCCGGUUCGUGAAGCCCGACCACCACUGAUGUCGCCGACCCGGCCCGGCCGCUCGGACUGUGGCGUGCGAAGACGUAGCUGUUGCUGCUGUGUGUGCCUGCGAUGCUGUAAAUAUAUGACGGAUAGGU